AACCUUCCUGCGCAUGCGUGGGGGCCCGAGGGAGGGUGGCCUGCUGAGCGAAGGAGAGGAAGCAGAACAGAGCGGGUUCCGAAACUUCCAAACUUGCCUCAGUAACCACUUGACUUUCAUGGGGAGUGCACGUGUGUCGCUGGCUGGUGGAUCUUUACACGCCACGCUUACUUCCACUUUGGGCUAAGUUUAAGUGGAUUUGGAAGGAGGAAAAUAAAGAAAAUACAAGAAUUAUAGCCACUUUGUAUUAGAAUAAGUGGACUUAGAGGAAGAAAAUAAGGAAGAAGACAAGAACGAAAGAAAAAAAUAGUUGGAUAAGACGAUUUUUUUUGUAUAUUCAAUUAGUGAUUUUUUUAAAAAUUUUUGUAGGGUUUGAUUUUUUUCCUUUUUUUUUUUUUUGAUUUGUGAGGGAUAAAAAAAGUUUGGUGUUAUCGGGAAAGAAAGAAAAGGGAAAGAUGCUGGGGAGGGGCAGGAUGAGGAGGGGGUGAGUCUGGAGGUGAUAGUGGAAGAGGAUGACAACACGGAGGUGACCCACGACCCCCUGCCCCCCUGGACGAUGAGGAAGAGGAGGAGGAGGAGGAGGAGGAGGAGAUGGAGGAGGACGACGAAAUUGAAAGAGGAGGAUCUUCACCUACCGCUGCUGCUGGAGGGAAAGGAGGAGGAGGAGGGAAGUGGCGGAGGAGGAGGAGGAAGAGGAGGAGCUUCCGGAAUAGAGGAGAGGAGAAGGAAGCGUGAGAGAAGAAGAACGCUGGCGCUCACACGACUUCGCUCCGUUUCCUGUGAGACUCUGACGCUGCUCGACACAAGCGACAUGGACUCCUGCUGCUCAGAGUGGGACGACGACGACGACCUGUCCUCCACCAAUCAGAGCUACGUUACCCUGAACCGGCCAAUCAGCAGGCGGCGCAUUCUGGAGAGUAGCCAGUGCGAUUCCGAGGACAGCGGGAUCGACCAAUCAAACGAGGAUGAGACAUUUCCUGGCGACCAAUCGGGGGGCGAGGACCGGAAGCACGACGACCAAGAGGACCAGGAAGACCAGGACGACCACGACGACCAAUCAACAUGCGACAUUCACGACCAGGAAACCGCAACCGAAUCCGAAGAAGAGGAGAUGGGGAGUCGCUUCGUGGAGGUGAGGAGAGAGGAGAACCGGGAGAUGAGUGGAGGAUGUCUGCAGGAGAUGAGUCCCAAGGAGGUGCUGGAGAACGAUAAGGUGGUCAUAGUGGAGAAGACCCCUCCCGCGCCCCCUCCACUGCCCCCUCCCCCCACGCCCGCCCAGAAAGAGACCCAGGAAGAAGAAGAAGAAGAAGGCGCUGAUGGAGACGAGGACCCUGAGCUGCGGCAGAAGAGAGCAGCCUACACCAUCAGGAACAAGGAGGUGCAGCUGGAGGAACUGCCGGCCCCUCACACUGUCAGUAGCGUGAGGCAGCUGUUUGAGGUCAACGGGGCGCCCCUAGGUCACAUUAGAGCCUGGAGGGACCUUGGUCGCUUCAGGGAUAUCAAAUCCAAUCCUUCGAGUAAAAUCCUUCGUUUUGAUCGUGGCGAGAAUGGCGAAGGUCAGUCACGGUUUCUACGUUUGGGGUCUUCCUUCACCUUACCACGCCUUCCCAGCCAGCGCCCGAACCCUCCUACACCUUCCUGCACCCUUCCACGCCAUCUCAGAGCCUCCGCCACCACGCCACGCCCCCAGGAAACGCAGAAAACAGGAAAGCCAGCGAAGGAGGUAGCGGCGGCGAGCGGACAGGUCAUAUCGCUGAGAAAACCGACAGUUCGAGGGUUUAACGUGAAGAAGGCGCUGCAGGAGGACCCCAGGACAUUCCACGCCCACACCAUGCCCCACCCGUCAAGCAGCAAGGCCUCCCCUGCUAACCACGCCGCCCGCAGGAGCUACAGUGUGAAGGGAAGGAUGAUACAGCCCAGUGACGCGCCUAUGGACAGAUCAGACACAGAAUCGCUGUCUUCCGAUAUGAGUGAGGACAGUGGAGUGAGUAAUGAAUCAGCGGUCAACUCCUCCUCCUCCUCCUCUUCCUCCACCUCCUCCUCCUCCACCUCCUCCUCCUCCACCUCCACCUCUUCCACCUCCAAGUCAUCCAAAUCCUUGAGAUCGCUGGAGGCCUACGCAUCUGAUCCAAGUUUCAAGCUGAUUGACCCCAGCGUGAUGGCAAAGAUAAGAUCUGUUGGUACUACUGUCAUUUUCUUCGGGCCACGUCAAAGGGCGUCCCAGUGUAAGAAUUUCUGUAGUCUCUUGAAUCGCCCGCUGCCAAAACACCUGCUGAAGACGAUCCCACCAGCCGCCCCAAGGAUCGUGGGCGUGCUGAGGAAGAAGUCCCCUACUCCCACACAGCCGGGGGGCGUGGCGGGGGCGCGGGGGGAGCGGCGCCCCCUGAGAAGUGGAAAAAGGGACAAGAUUCUAUGGUCUAUAAUUUCACUCAACACAAAUCGUCCUCUUGUAUUUAAAACUUCUCCUCCUCCUCCUCCUUCUCCUCCUCCUCCUCCUCCUCCUCCUCCUCCUCCUCCUCCUCCUCCUCCUCCUCCUCCUCCUCCUCUUCCUCCCCCUAAAGCCAUUACUCAGUCCCUUAAAUCCCCCUUAAAUCUCCCUCUAUCUCCUCCUUUUAUAACUUCCUCCCUUUUUGGACUUCCUCGUUUGUUAUCACUCUUUUCUUUUCCUUUUAUCUUCUCUUCUUGGUGACUGAUUCUUCUCUUCUCCUCUCUUCUCUUCUCUUCUCUUUUCUCUCUUUCUCUCUCUCUCUCUCUCUCUUUCACUGUGUCAAAGAAUAAUCUCAGUGCAAUAGAAGAAGAAGAAGAAGAAGAAGAAGAAGAAGAAGAAGAAGAAGAAGAAGAAGAAGAAGAAGAAGAAGAAGAAGAAGAAGAAGAAGAAGAAGAAGAAGAUAGAUGAAGAAGGAAGAAUUGGCUAUUAUUCACUUGUCCUCCUCCUCCUCCUCCUCCUCCUCCUCCUCCUCCUCCUCCUCCUCCUUUUCCUCCUUCCAUUUCCUCAAUUUAUCAAGAAUUAUCAUCUAAGUCUUGUUUGGAUUAGAUGCCAUUAUUAUUAUUAUUAUUAUUAUUAUUAUUAUUAUUAUUAUUAUUAUUAUUAUUAUUACUAUUAUUACUAUGUGGUUGUGAUCCUGCGUAGUGUUCCUGUUGUUGUUAGUUUGUUUGUUUGUUGUUGUAAAUAUAGCCAUGUUAUUAUUAUUAUUAUUAUUAUUAUUAUUAUUAUUAUUAUUAUUAUUAUUAUUAUUAAGCUUUUGAACAGUCGAGAUUAUAUUAUAUUUACUGCUUAGCUCAAAAAUGUGUUAAUAUUAUAAGAUGUAUAUAUUUAAUGCUUGUGGUGAAUGACAAACUAGCUCUCUCUCUCUCUCUCUCUCUCUCUCUCUCUCUCUCUCUCUCUCUCUCUCUCUCUCUCUCUCUCUCAAUUUAUAUGCAUUGCUCACUUUUCGUUCCCUCCUCUUCCUUCCUCUCUUUUUCUCCUUGCCUUACUCUGAGUGGAGAGAAGGGAGGGAGAAAAUGGAGGGAAGGGAGGGAGAAAAUGGAGGGAAGGGAGGGAAAGAAGAUAAUGUUCUCUCCCCCAAUACAUUUUCAUUAGCCAGACCAGUGAAGAAAACGGACGUAUUGUAAUAAAUCCGUUUUCUUUUUAAGGGGUGUCUUCUCUACUGUAUCUAUUCUCCAUUUUAUUUCCUUUUAUUAUUGUCUUUCUUUCCUCCCUUUUAUUUUAUUUCGUGACUAUUUCUUUUCUUAUUUGUGUCAGGUUUCCAUUUUGUUAUUUCGAUUUUUAUUUUUUUUUUACUUUUUCUUAUUAUUUUUUUUAUAUAUAUUUGUGUGUCCUCGUGUUUUUCUUUUUUUUUUCGUUUUUCUCUCUAAACUAAUAAACUUGAAAUAUUUGAGUGUUUUUUUUUUCUUUUUACUCUUCGUCCUUUGUUUUCUUUUUUUUAUCAAGAUUCCUUUCCUCUUCCUUUAUUUCAUUUUGUUUCAUCUCCUGCUUCUUUCUUUCUUGUCACAUUUAUCAUCAUUAUUUCACCUUUUUCCUCCCUUUCUUCUUCUCUUUGUGUUUCCUCUUCUGU